CUCCGAACAUCCGUUUGAGUUCCGGCUCGCAUAUUAGCUUGUGUGAAUGAAUGAAUGAAUGAAUGAAUGAAUGUAGCUGUUUACUGAGAAUUUAACUGCUCGUCUUCUGCUUUGGGAGACUUUUCAUGAUUGUAUUGAUUUUAACUCAGGAAAGAGUAAAAACACACUAAAAGUCUUGGUAAAUGAUAAGAUAGCCUAUACCAGCCCCCUCAUUCAAAACCUCGAAUACCCGAGUUCCAGGCCCUUCCACACUGUCACAAACCACAUACUCACCACCAUCACCCAUCCUCACCAAAAAAAAACCAUAACCAAAAUGUCUAACCCCAGGAUCCUCCUCCUCGGAACCCUCGAUUCCAAGCUCCCAGAAAUCCUCUACCUACGCGCUCAAAUCCUCGCCCACUCCAACCCCACCAUCGAAGUACUCCUCGCAGACGUAGGACGCAAACCCACCUCCAAUCCCGAAAUAGAUAUUCCCCAAUCUGAAAUCCUCUCUCAUGCCUCGUCCCCCAUUGAUUAUUCCACCCUUUCCCGCGGUGAAUACAUCGAGCAUAUAUCCGUCUGUGCGAGCAAUCUCGUGCGUGAGCUCUUCGAAAAGAAGUCUAUCCAUGCGAUUAUCGGGAUAGGUGGAUCGGGAGGAACUUCAUUAUGUGCAUAUAUCAUGCGCAACGCGUUACCUAUUGGAUUUCCUAAGCUGGUGGUUUCGACUAUGGGAAGUGGAAAUACGGGACCGUAUGUUGGGGAAACGGAUAUCACAAUGAUGUACAGCGUAGUUGAUAUUGCGGGCACAAAUUCGAUAUUGAAGGGAAUCCUAGACAAUGCCGCUGGAGCGAUUUCAGGGUUAGCUUAUGCAUAUUGGAAACGAUGUACAGAGGAAGAACAGGCGAACAAUGUGCCCAGGAAGAAAGGUAUAGGAUUAACAAUGUUUGGAAUCACAACUCCAUGCGUGGAAAUGGUAAAAGAUAUUUUGGAGAAAAAUAGUAAGGAGGAGUAUGAAAUAUAUAUUUUCCACGCCACGGGACCCGGUGGAAAAGCAAUGGAGAGAUUAAUCCGAGAAAAACGUAUCGAUGCCGUUCUCGACGUAACCACCACCGAAAUAGCCGAUUACAUUUGCGAGGGCAUAUUAUCAGCAGGACCCGAAAGACUAUCCGCCGCGGCCGAAAUGGGAAUUCCUCAGAUUGUAAGUGUGGGUGCAUGUGAUUGUGUGAAUUUUGGACCGAGAAACUCGAUACCCGAGAAAUUUAAAGAGAGAGUGUUGGUGCAACAUAAUCCAGAUAUGACAUUGAUGCGAUCUAAUGCGGAUGAGUGUGCUGAGAUUGGCAAGUUUAUAGCGGGAAGAUUGAAGGAGAAGGCGAAGAGGAAAGACCUGGUAAAAGUAUGUUUACCAAAAAAAGGAACAAGUAUGUUAGCUGUAGAGGGAGGGAAGUUCCACGAUGUUGAGGCAGAUAAGAUGUUAUUUAAAGCUAUCAAGGACGGGCUAGAUGGGACUGGAAUUGAGGUUUUGGAGAAAAACUGCGCAGUCAAUGAUGAGGAAUUUGCUCAGUUUAUGGCGGAGGAGCUUAUACAACUGAUCUCUAAGUCGUGAGGAAGUUGUGGAUAUUGAGAGGAGAUAAGCACGAGAUGAUAAUGAUUUACUUUAUCCCCAAGCAGCCAAAUAUCGAUAUAUCUAACUUGGCCAUGCACACUCAGUAAUCAAAAUUCGAGGCAGUAAGAACUCAAUUCAUUCUAACAAUAUGGUA